AUGUCAUCCUCCACCAGCAAGACGCCAGCGACCACACCACGUCAGACCAUGCAAGGUCAUACCCAUUGGGUAACAGGUGUUGUCCAUCUGCCCAGCGGACGACGCAUAAUCACAUGUUCAUUGGACGGCUCACUCCGACUAUGGGACCUAGAGAACGGCGCACAGAUAGGUGAGGACUGGAAAGAGGAUGAAUCAGGAAUGUGGUCCAUGGCAUUGUCUCCGAACCACAAGACAGUUGCAAGUGGAAGCGGUGGCGGAACAGUGAGGUUGUGGGAUGUCGAGACGAGGAAGGUGAUCUCCAAAUGGACGGGACACACCGAUCUCGUGUGUGCAUUGUGCUGGAGUGCGGAUGCAUCGUCUAUGGAAUCCUCGGCACCACCAUUCCCGAUAGGACCCAUACCUCCGGCCAUUGAAUAUAAAGUGAAGUCCGCAGCCCUUUCCGCUGAUGGAAAAGUGCUAGUCACUGGGUGCCGGGGCGGGAAUGUGUACACAUGGGACAUUCAUGCCAUCCUGAAAGAAUCUGGCCUGGAAGACUUACUGUCCAUUGGUACCAAUAUUGCACCAAAAGAUGGACACGAACAGAAGGCAUCUCAAGGCAAUUCAGGAAUAGAGCGAACCCCCCGCUCUUCGCUAAGUGACAAGUCAUUUUUGGAAGCUGAUGCUACGCGAUGUCACAACGAGUUUGGGGGUCAUGUCGAUGAACUCCCACCUAGGUUUUUUGACAGCAUGGAGGCCGAAGUUCACUCCUCCCAAACGGGUGGUGCCCACCCUCAUUCCUCUGCAAGUGCACUAUUCUCUCACCUUUCCUCGCUCCUCCACCGCUUUCGACACCACAAUGCUGAAGCAACUGAGCUGCCACAACCCCCGACGCCUUCGAGGUUACAUCUACAGGUGCUCCUCGCUCGCCUGUCCUCACUCAUUCACCGUUCUCCACCUGAAAAUGAUGCAGCAAGCGAACUUCAGCAACCCUCCACGCCUUCGCGGUUAGAUCUACAUGCUCUCCUCGCUCGGCUGUCCUCACUACGUCCCCGCUCUCGACCCAACACCGAAGAAGAAACCGAAACUCAUCCCUCAACACAUUCGGGUUCACGUCCAGAUGGACUCAUCAGUCGUCUGUCCUCACUCUUCCGCUCUCAAGCACACACCAACGAAGACAUCGAACUCCCGCAACGCCCAUGGCGUCCUCAUGUUGUCGAUGUGGCUCCAAUGCGGGACAGGGAGGUACUGUUCGUUGCUCAGCGGUCGCCACCAGAUCGUCCACACACUCAGUCUAAUGGUAAUACCAUACCCGGUGCAAGACCUGCGUAUUCACUUCCCGUCCGAAUGUUGGCCCAUCUCGUGCUUUUUCUCUGCUGUGCGUCUCCUCAACACGAUGGCAAUGCACAACCAACACAACAUCAGCAACAAAGUCAAUCGCAGACCCAGGCGCCGUCACUGCAGACUCAGCCAGCUGCCGCCUCGACGUCCACGACACCUACUGCUCCUGAUACUCAUACUACCGCACCAGGUGCAGCAACCGCGCAGCCACGGCCCCUUCCAUUGCGGGUUCGUCUCGUUAUUUUUCUCUGUUGUGCAUCUCCCCCGAAUGCAGAUGGACAUUGAUGCUGCAGCAUAUGGACACCUAUUUCAUAUGCGGGUCCGGUUCUUCUGUAAUAACUGUUAUUCUCUUUGUUCGCGUUGAGACUGCGUAUUUGAUUGCCAUAACCUCAAUAUCGGGUUGGUUGUAACACUAUGGCAUGAAGCCUCGAUUCUAAUUUCAAAUAUCGCUAGAAACACGUCCUGGCUGCAAAUCAUGGUGCUGUAUAUCCCGUGCACCAAUCAUUCCGUUUGUAUUCAUUCCUUGGGUACCCGAUUAGCAAGUAUGUACAUCCUGCGUUUGACUAGAUCGUUCCCUCGCCCCACUCCACACGCGCACCCUCCAAAUAUCAUUUCCUACAGACUGUAGUUU